AUGAGACCCACAAAUGUGUCGAUACCCAUCACUUCACCUCAGAUCGUCUACACGCCCUUCUUGUGCAAUGGAUCUACGACCGUCGACAAUCCCUCUUGUGCUGGCGCUUGGCAAACGUCAAAUACCACUGGGGAUUCUGUUUUUACUAGUGGACCCGACCCCGCCUCCCAAAGCAUCGUUCCACAGCUAUUUUUUCAAUUCCGAGCAACCGCCCUCUACAUCUUAACCUCUCCACUAUCCAAUGCCACCGUCAAUAUCACCGUUUCAGCCAACGGAGUCGCUAUUUCGAACUUAUUCAAUUCGACAAUCGGAUCUGCCAGCGUCGUCUCUCUCCCUCAAGAUUCGACCACUACGUUUUCAGCCACCUUCAUUCCCGCGCUAUCCCCCACUCUUUUCGGUGUGCAAGCCCUCUUCAUCACCGUUCCAGCCAAUGCAGCCUCAACUUCUUUCCUUCCAACCUUCUCUGCUCCGCCGGCGAAUGCCCUUCCCACAUUCACAUCUCCUCUUCCACCUAACUCCUCGCCUUCACCCCAAUCAAAUGGAACAUCAAAGAACGCGAUGAUCGCUCAGGCAAUAGGCAUUACGGUGGGCAUCAGUUUAGGACUCACAGCGUUGGCUGCCCUGGCGUUUUAUUGUUGGAAACGGUGGCGACCGCAAAAAAUAGAUGAACGGACAGGAUAG